CUCCAAAAUGUAGAGACUCUUCCGUUUCGGGAGGCAAAUAUAACCUGCACAAAACGUGACGUCACGCGUAGUUACACAAAGCCGAAAUAUUUUCUUAAAAAUGGGACUUCUGGCGUUACUAAGAAAGCUCAAGUCUAGUAAUGAUAAAGAACUGCGAAUAUUAUUGCUUGGUUUAGACAAUGCUGGUAAAACUACAUUACUGAAGAAUUUAGCAUCAGAAGAAGUAGAUCAUAUAACACCGACACAGGGAUUCAAUAUUAAAUCAGUGGUGUCUUCAGGUUUUAAGCUUAAUGUAUGGGAUAUAGGAGGACAGAGAAAAAUAAGACCAUACUGGAGAAAUUAUUUUGAUAACACAGAUGUCUUGAUAUAUGUUAUAGAUAGUAGUGACAGGAAAAGAUUUGAAGAAACUCAAACGGAAUUAGAUGAAUUGUUAGAGGAAUCUAAGUUGGCAGGUGUUCCAGUAUUGAUUUUUGCCAACAAACAAGAUCUUGAAAUGGCAGCAAGUGCAGACGAAAUUUCGUCUAAACUGGGACUAACAAGUAUGCGAGAUCGUGACUGGCAAGUACAACCGUGUAUUGCUCGUGAAGGGGAAGGAGUUAAGGAGGGUAUGCAAUGGGUGAUGAAAAAGGUCAACUCAAGGGGAGGAGGAAAGAAGAAAUGAUAGAAAAACAAAUUAAAAGUCAAUAACUGAAAUAUGUAUACACAUUUACUUAGCAUACCAUUGUUUUUUGAUAAUCUAUGAUAACAUAUCACAAAUUGAUAUUGUAGUUGAUUUGGAUGUUGAACUUGUCAGCAAAAUGUCAAACUUUGGUCUUUCUUCAUAGAAAGAUCUAAAUUACUACACAGUGAUGGGUUCAAAAGACAAUUGAAUUAAAUGUGUUAUCACAAUGGGUCUUCAUUUUUCAAUCAUUGCUCUUUAGUCAUCAUUAUGAUACAUGUAUUUAUAAGCAUCUGUCUUUAAGGUUAAUUGUUUUAAAACAGUCACAA